AUGUCUGAUCCUAGUAACCCCCGCGAAAAUCGUUUGAAACGCAAGCUCGAAGAAUUGCCCGGCACGAUCGCUGACCACCCACGCAAUAAACGCUAUGGUAGUUUGAGGUUAGAGCCCCAGCUUUGCCCCGCCUAUGUUGAUAACUCCAUCUUCACCAUCAGUGCAGCGGACGUAGCCAUGGCAGGCAGCAUUCAACCGCACCUGCUCAUGUCACUUCCUGCGUCGGCGGACCAUCGAAGUCGACAACUGUAUCAGUUGUCCUUCCUUCCCCUUAAUUUGCUCUCGCAGAGAACUCGCCCUAUAACGCCGAUUAUUCUUCAGUCACUCUCCCGACGUGAACCAUGCUCUUCCCUCCCCCUGAGUAAUGGGCUUUUCGCAGAGGACUCGCCCUAUAACGCCGAUUACGUUAUACUCAGUUGCCAUCCAGGCCGCUCAACCUUCAACCCUACGACCCACGGAAGUGCCAUCGCAUCUCCCAGACUCGUCAAUGCCAUGUCGCCCUAG